AUGGCUUCGCUCAUCCCAGUUACAAUUAAUAAUGUCGCCUACGGUGAAGACAAGGAGAAGUUACGUUCAUUCCUGACUCAGUAUAAGGAAAAAGUAACAACUGAAAUGGGUGAAGAGGAAGAUGUCUUAAAAUAUGAUGUUUUAUUGCAAAAAAUCGUUGAUAGAGAAAAUACAGUUAUCACGAUUGAAUUAGAUGAUAUCAAAAAGUUUGAUGAUAAUAAUGAUCUUUUAUCCCACAUCAGAAACAACACAAAGCACUAUCUUGAACUCGCCGCUCUUGUCAUUGAUGAAUUAUUGACUACAAAAGUUACCAGAAACCCUGAACUCAGCUACAAUGAUAGUGUACUAGAUGUUAUUAUUCACCAAAGAAUUGCUCAUGAUACCAGACGAACUAAUGAGAAUGAGGAGAAGUUCCCUGCUGCCUUGACACGUCGAUUUGAGGUAUUCUUUAAACCAUUAAGUGACGAUGUCGCACUUUCGGUUCGUCAAACCAAUGGCAGCCUACUCGGUAAACUGGUAACUGUUCGUGGUAUUGUUACUCGUGUAUCUGAUGUGAAGCCAUUCCUCCAAGUGAAUACUUACACUUGUGAAUCAUGUGGUUCGGAAAUUUUUCAAGAGAUCAAACAAAGACAGUUCACUCCUCUUGUCGAAUGUCCUUCUGCCGAAUGUAAAGAUAAUGCUGUAAAGGGAAAGCUAUAUAUGCAUACCAGAGCUUCUAAAUUCUUAGCCUUCCAAGAAGUGAAGCUGCAAGAAUUGACGGAUCAAGUGCCCGUGGGACACAUUCCCCGAACCAUGAAAUUACAUCUUUACGGUGCUGUAUGCCGUCAGUUAAAGCCCGGUGAUGUAGCCAAUGUCAGUGGUGUAUACUUACCUAUGCCUUAUACGGGAUUCAGAGCCUUGCGUGCUGGUUUGCUUACAGAUACUUACAUGGAAGUUCAGCACGUACAUCGUUUGAAAAAGCAAUAUGACGAAAUAGAGAUGACACCAGAGGAUGAAGAAAUAGUGGAACAAUUGAAGUCAGAUCCUAAUGUCUACAACCGUCUAGCACGCAGCAUUGCUCCAGAAAUUUACGGACAUGACGACGUAAAGAAAGUAUUAUUGUUGCUUUUAGUUGGAGGUGUUCAUAAAACAGUGGGUGAUGGCAUGAAAAUUCGUGGUGAUAUCAAUAUUUGCUUAAUGGGUGAUCCAGGUGUUGCCAAAUCGCAGCUUCUUAAAUUCAUCGCCAAAGUUGCACCUCGCGGUGUAUACACCACAGGUCGUGGUUCAUCAGGUGUAGGUUUGACAGCCGCCGUUAUGAGAGAUCCCAUCACCGACGAAAUGAUCUUGGAAGGUGGUGCACUUGUUUUAGCUGAUAAUGGUAUAUGUUGUAUUGAUGAAUUUGAUAAGAUGGAUGAAACAGAUAGAACAGCAAUUCACGAAGUUAUGGAACAGCAAACUAUCAGUAUUUCUAAAGCUGGUAUCAACACCACACUCAAUGCUCGUGCUUCCAUCUUAGCUGCCGCCAAUCCUUUAUUAGGUCGCUAUAAUACCCGUCUUUCGCCUACGCAAAAUAUUAACUUACCAGCGGCCUUACUGUCACGUUUCGAUAUUCUUUACUUGAUCCUUGAUAAACCCUCAGACGACAUGGAUCGUCUUCUGGCCGAACACGUUACAUACGUUCAUACCCACAACAAACCACCUCAGAUGGAUAUUGAUGCAUUAGAACCUCACAUGAUUAGACAUUAUGUGGCGCACGCUAGAACAAAACGUCCUGUUCUUAAGCCAGAUGUUGCAGAAUAUAUAUCUAAUGUUUACGUCGACUUACGACGUCAAUACAAAUUAGAUGAAGUUCGUGAAAGACAAUUCACUUAUGCUUCUGCUCGUACUCUUCUGGGUAUCAUUCGUAUGGCGCAAGCUAUGGCUCGUAUUCGUUUAUCUGAUUAUGUCGAGCAGACUGAUGUUGAUGAAGCUAUUCGUUUAAUUGAUGUGUCUAAGGCCUCUCUCUUUGACAACGAAUCACAGAGACGCGACGGUCGUACCGACAGAAGUCCUAUGUCAGGCAUUUUCAACAUUGUCAAAGAAUUACAUGCUCAAUUCGGUAAUCCUCUUCAAUUGACUACCGUUAAACAACGUGUAGCCUCUAGAGGUUAUACAGAAACCCAUCUACAAGAAGCUAUUCGAGAAUAUGUUGAUCUUGAAGUAUGGCAAGUGUCAGACAAUCAAUUAGUCGUUAUCCAAUAA